AUGAUUGACGUGUGGUCAUCCACCGCAGUCAAGCUGCCAAAGUUGCUACCGGCGAGAUCCGACAUUCCCCUGCCGAUGGACGAUCUGCCGUUCCUAUCGAUGAGCCGCAGCGUUCCUGCAGCACCCUUGUCGAACCAGAGCUCGCAGCAUCUCUCGCAGAUGGUGAGGCUGAAUAGGAUCUUGCUCGACAUUAAUGACUUUAACCAGCGUUGCGUGGCCGAGAACCCUAACUGGGACUCUCUGGAGCAGGGCGUGGAGACCUUGAGCUCUCGUAUGGAAGCCUGGCUUGCAGAUCUCCCGGACAAUAUGAGAGAUACACCCGAGAACUUUGCCUGGUUCGCGGCACGAGGUCUCGGCCGGACCUUUGCUGCGGUGUACUUGGGAUACUAUCACUUUGGGCAGCUGCUUUACUAUCAAUUUCUGUACGGCGCAGCUGCUACAACGGCCAUCAACCCUACGGCAUCCGCGUCCGUCGCGCGCCGAGACUCGUAUGCAAACAAAUGCAAAGACCAUGCCGCCCGGCUGUGCGACAUGGUGUACCGCGCGCAAACAACAGCCGGCGCUGACGUUAGAUAUACCAUGACGGCGCAUGUACUGGUCAUCGCAUCCACGGUUCAGAUCCACACCCUGUUGUUUAGCGGCAACGAGGCAGACAUAAGCGUGGCUCGCCAGCGUUUAGAGAGAAAUUUUGAGCUCAUUUUGCAACUACGAUGCUACUGGCCAACGACAGACCACGCCAUCAGCCGCCUGCGAGCAUUCCACGAGACGGCGCGGACCAGCAUCGACACGAGCUUCGUCCUAGACCGUUGGAUGCUCCGAUUUCUGGUUGAGUUUGCGGAGCCAAUGGAGGAAAAGGACGUCGGAAGUAUCCGGCGCGGGGAUGGAGAUGAGAUGGAGUCACUGUGGACGAUGGAGGGGCUCCGAUGA